UAGAAUUGUGUCAAGCGGUGCCAAAUUAUAUGUAAUUCAUCGGAACUCCCUAUGUUUUCAGACAAUAAGAACAGGCACAGGUCCAUAUACAGCUCAGGCAGUGGCUGGGCUUUAAUAAUCACUGGAACUUAGUCUUUUUUUUUUUCCUUUCCUGAGAUGUCCAAAUUGCAUAGGUUUCCCAAAAACGUUAGAGCUAUGUGAAGGUCAUUUCAUACAAAGCAGAUCCCAGCUCUGACGGUGCUGUGCUGGUGACAAGGAUGACAUAAGAGUGAAGAGGCUGGUAACUAGCACCAACAGUCUCCACUUGGCUCUGUAGCUGCGAGGAAUGGCUACGGAAGAUCCAGACAAGAAGACUGAAGUCGUACUGCUGGCCUGUGGGUCCUUCAAUCCCAUUACCAACAUGCACCUAAGACUGUUUGAGCUGGCUAGAGACUACUUACAUGAAACAGGAAAAUACAAAGUAAUCAAAGGAAUAAUUUCACCAGUAGGUGAUGCAUAUAAGAAGAAAGGUCUGAUCAGUGCGAAUCACCGAGUAACUAUGGCAAAACUAGCUACAAAAAACUCAGAUUGGGUGGAAGUUGAUGAUUGGGAAAGCAGCCAGAGUGAGUGGUUGGAAACACUAAAAGUUUUAAGGUACCAUCAUCAAAAGCUUUCAUCUCCUGAGCCCACUAAUAGUCUGCAGAAUGCUAUACCUUUAACAAAGCCAGGACGGAAGAGGAAACAGGAACCAAAUAGGCAUGAUCCCGUUAAAAAGAAAAAUCAGAGUCCAGAUAUAAAAAGUGUCCCACAGGUUAAACUGCUUUGUGGAAGUGACAUUCUGGAAUCUUUUGGGAUCCCCAAUCUGUGGAAGAUGGAGGACAUCACUGAAAUUGUGGAAAAUCAUGGCCUUGUGUGCAUCAGUAGGGUUGGAAACAGCGUUCAGAAAUUCAUCUAUGAAUCUGAUAUUUUGUGGAGGCAUAAGAAUAACAUUCACCUUGUGGAAGAAUGGAUCACAAAUGACAUUUCUUCCACAAAGAUUAGGAGAGCACUGCGGAGGGGCCAGAGCAUUCGUUACCUAGUGCCUGAUGCAGUUCAAGCAUAUAUAGAAAAAAAUAAUCUAUAUAGUCCAGAGAGUGAAGACAGGAAUGCUGGGGUUGUCUUGGCUCCCUUACAGAAACAUGCAAGUGAUUCCAAGAACUAACAGGCACUAUACAUCUAAUUUACUUUCUGCUGUGAAAAAAGCUACAGUUCAGUACAGGAAAAUGUGUUUUUAGGGAUUGUUUUUUUUGUUUGAUUUUUUAAAGUAAAUAGUGGGCUACUUCCGUGGCUUUAGUACAUAUGUAGUUUGGUUUUGAGGUUUGGCGCACUCAAUAAUUGGACCUACACAAUCUCUUUCAAAUCCAAGAGUAAGAUUUUCAUGUUUUUGUCAAAUUUUGUCAUAGUGCAGUGAACUAAGUAUAAGAAUUCAGACUUGCAUAUGAAAAUACAAAUUAAUGAACAAAACAAAUGAAAACAUUCUGAUUAGUUUUAAGUCAGACUGCUCUGACUGCUAUUUAUAAAAUACACCUAUUUUUAAUAACUUACAGUGUCUUAAAUGGACAGGGCCAUUUAAUUUCAAAAUGUACUACUUAUUGAUAGUGAAUCUAUAUAAGCAAUUUUUUAAAAAAUUGCCAACAUGUGGCAUGCCUCAUAUUUAGCUCUUUUCUGAAAGUGAAAAAUUUACUCCUGGCUGAAGCGGUGCUAGAUAUACCAUGCUGUGAGCUGCCUGCCUUUCAGAUAUGCAGCCUGUUUGUCUGCUGUCAUGCAUUGUGCUCCCAGAAAUGCCUUGUGCUUUACUUUUCCAUUCAUGUUUCUAGAGCUGUACAUUAAGCUCAGCACUGUUUCUCAUAGAAAGACAGACUUACUUCAGAAACUGCAUUUAAAUCCAUUGAUUUAAUGGAUAGAAAUUAAUAAUAGUGUCAUUGCACUGAUGCUCAGACAGUUGUCCCUUUAUUUCCAGUAAUAAAUAAGCUUUUACUUUUGAGCCCAAUGUACAUAGCCAGAAUUGUUUUCUGUAACUGGAGUUGAGAGGAAUUGGUAGAAUGUUAAGACUGGACACAAGUGAAAUGUUUUUCUUUGCUAGAAAUCUUGUUUUGAAUCUAACAGUAUAUUGCCUGUAUUAUGUGAAUAUAAACUAGAGAGGCACUGUGAAUGUCAUGGUGAUAGAAUUCUACUAUUUGCUGUCCUCCCAUUUUUGUUUGGAUUAUGUGCCUUAUUAAAAAUGUCAAGGUUUCCAAGACGCUAACUGAUGGGUCAACAGCUUUUUCAUACUGUCUCCACAAGAUGACUCUACUCACAUUUUUCAGAUCAACAAAUCUAGCAGAACGUGAGACUCUUGGGGCAGGAAGCCUAGAUGGUGUCGGGCAAGUCUAGAACCAGGGACAUGUUCCAGGAUCAUAACUGUGAUGACCCAUCACCCUCCUUCCCUGCACAGGAGAUCCCCAGAGAGCUGAGGCAGAGGUAUAGGCUUCCCUUGGAGCUUGGGGGGAGUCUGGAAGCCAGAAGCCAAAUACACCACAUGGGUGGCCCUAGGGCCUGCAAGGCUCCUGUAAAACCCAGCAGUGGAGUUGAGACACUAUUGGGAAAACCUAUAACCUGCAGCGGCAUGCAAACUUGGAACCCCUGUGAAAUUCUGCAAUUCCCAUACACUAGAACAUCUGUGUUCUACUAGUUUCAGCCUGUAAAGGUGGCUGUCUACAGAGAAUCUACAAGGAGGUUUGUACAAUAAAAUCAAGUCGCAACUUAGAAGUGCAUCUGUAACUGCACUGUGACAGAAAGUAGCAUCAAGGUUUCUUAGUUUUUUUUCUUGGUGAUUCUUGCAUCAGCUGUGCUGUCUGCCAUUUUCCCCCUAGAGCUCAGGCAAGCUUACACUGUGCUUUGAUAAUGAGGCUGGGUUCAUUUAUCAUCACUAGCACUAAAGGUACCAAAGGAUAAAUUAUGCCCCCUGUGACACCUUAGCAGUCAAACUGCCGUAACUGAUUGAAGAUAACUGUAUUAUCGAUGGUGCGUAGGAAACGACAAGAGCUACUUUUCUCUUUUGCUUGCUGUCUUUACGACUGACAAGAACAGAGGACAAGAAAGAUUUAUUUUUGACACUCAAGCUAACCAGUGUGCUUCUGAAUAAACAGAGCAAAUGUUUCUAAUGGAAAAACACCCUAUUUAUGUGGUCACUUUUCAGAGUAAAACUGCACUUUAGGUUUAUUCUUCUAAAUAACAACGCUAGUGUAUGUUGGUGCACUUUGUACUUCUAGAGAAACUGCAAAUUCAGUAGGAUGCUUUGUAAAGCUUUGGUUAUAUUUCACUGGAUUUUAAUGUAGUUAUGUGUGAUGAGGCUCCCAAUAAAAUAAAUUGCAUGUAAUAUGCUAA